AUGGCAACCUUACGGACCGUAUCGUUUGCCACGUGGCGACAGGAGGACAUCCACAGGUCACCAAUUACCGUUCGCGUUACCGCGAGACCGUCUAAUCAGCCGGUUUCCGCAACUGGCCGUGCAGCAGGGCUGAGAUUGACGAGCCGUCUCCGCAAUGGCCGCGGCAUGGUCACAGUAGCAGGCUUACGCCGGCCUGCCGGCAGUUUCCGCCUAAGCGACGGCAAGAAAUCGCGGCCGUUGGUGAUCCAAGCGACGGGCGGUGGACCGUCGGAUUUCAGCGGCUUCGAUGUCAGCAAUAAAGACCAGCCCGAUAGCCGUUUUCGCUCGGCGGACAAUGCUGUCAACAGAAAGAACCUUAACGGGUCGAACAUUCCGAAAAUCGCCGGCAUUGCUGGUUCUUCAGGAGCUGAUAACGGGUUUCUAGGAGUCAGCAGGGGUGGGGAUCGGUGGCAAGGGGCGGAGGGAGUGGGGUAUGUGCACGAGGUGGUGUUUGCGGAAGGCGACAGCAGCGCCAUGGUCGCGCAAUUCCAGCUGAUUUCCACCAUCCGCGCGCUUCCUCCGAUCGUUCCGCUGCCCUCGCGCGCUGCAGGGGGAAGCGGAAACGGACACGCGGGGACCCCGCGGGACGAGAGGCGCGCGGGGACGUAUCCGCGGAUGCUCCGCGCGGUUACCGCCAAUGAGGGGGACGGGGAUGGGGAGGGGGAGGGGGAGGGGGAAGGGGGUUCGUUGGCGCAAAGCGUUCAAGAGAGUCUUCACAUGGAGGCGGAGUGGCCAAUCGCGUGGUGCCAGGUGGCAGAGAACGUACUCAUUGGCUCGCCGCUCGUGUCGGCUGCUGACGUGGACGUGGUGACGUCGAAGGCGGGCGUCACAGCUGUCGUCUCGUUACUGCCGUCGGAGCACGAGUCAGCGCUGGCGGUUGAUUGGUCCGCCGUGACCCGCCAGCUGGCAAGAGAGGGCGGCGUGGCGCUCAAACUGCCCGUGGGGGAAGCCGCCGCGGGGGGAAAGGCGGAAGCGGGGGCUCGGGGGGAGGGGGAACCGGGGGAGGGGUGGCGGGGAGUGUUAUCCGAGGGGGAAGCGGGGGAGUCGGAUUUAGAGGGGUGCCUGGAGGAGGAUGGGGAGGGGGAGGGGGGAGAGGACGUGGUUUCGCAGGUGUUGGAAGCGGUGCGAGUGGUGGCGGCGCUGGUGGCAACAGGGCACAGAGUGGCAAUUGUCAGCUGCUCGCCCCACUCCGCCAGUGCCCUUGUUGCCCUUGGCUACACGACCUUCGUGAAAGGCGCGGACGUGAGCACUGCUCUGGCAGACAUGCGCCGAGCCUGUCCGGCUGCUGACCCCCCCAUGCGCGUCUGGAAGAAGGCCCACGCACAGCUAGCAGGCAGCAACAUGAGGCGUCUUACAGACCUUGCAGCGGAGGAGCUUCAAAGGAGGAUAGCAAACGGCGUGCCUGGCUCCAGUGCCAAUGACUGGCAGGUGGCAGAGCGCAAGCUGGUGGCGGAGGGCUUCCAGCGCAUGGUGGCUGCUGACGUGGCACUCUCUGAUGCCAUUUCCAAGGCGGCCAUUCGCAGGGCAGCACGGGCAGCGGAAAAGCAGAUGGACGAUGUCGAGCUCACCUCGUCCGACCGCAUUGCUCUGCUCAAGGCUCACAUCUCUCGUCUCGAGGAGAAGCAGCAAGCUGCUGACCAGGCCGCCCGGGCGGCGGAGGAUCGGAUCAACUUCUUCCUGCGCCAGCUCAGCGCACUACAGGACAAACACGCCGCGGCUGAGAAAGAGGCAGCUGCUGCCACCCAGCUGGCAAGUCAACUCGCCGGCCAAUUGCAGUCCUUGCAAGCGAGAGAAGCUUCCUCUGCACCUUCCUCUUCGACCGCAGCCCAAGCCUCGGCUCUAGGUUUGGCAGCCGCCGAAGCUGAUCGGGUGGCAGCUCUGGAAGCGGAGGUCCGGGAACGGCGCGAGCGGGAGCAGGAGCUGCGGGCGGCGCAGCAGCAGGCAGAGCAGCGAGCGGCAUCGGCUCGGCAGCUUCUGCUCACUCUCGAAAAAGACCUCGCGAGGGUGACAGAAGGGGAGGCAGCGGCAAAAGAAGCAGCAGCAGAGGCGAAAGAGCGAGUAGGGUUCCUAUCAGGUGUGGUUCGAGAACUAGAAGGCCGAGAGAGGGACGCGAGGAGAGAAGCAGAGAGGGCAAAUGAGGCUCUAGAGGUGGUAGCAGCAAGAGAGAGGGCGGCUCAGGCACGUGUGCAGGAGCUUUCUCUGCAGGUGGAGCAGCUAGAAAAGGAGCUUGCGGCCGCUCAGGAAGCUUCUAGAAUCGCGCACGGGCGGUGCGAUUUCUUCGCUAGGCUUGUAGAUGUCCUGAGGGAGAGGGAGCAGGCGGCUACUGAGGCGGCCGCACGGGCCAAUCAGGCGCUGACAGGUGUCGCGCGGGAGCUCGAGGAGGUGAAGGGGAGGGAGAUGAGGGAGAGGGAGGCGUGGAAAGGGGCAGUAGCGUGGUCUGAAGCGGUGAUGGCGGAGUUGGGAGCGACUAAGAGGAUGCAGAGGGAGGCUAGGGAGAGGAGGGAAGCUGCCGAGAAGCUUCUCGCGAAGCUCGAGACGGCGGGAGAGAGCGGGGAGGAAGGGUCGAGGAAGCUUCUGGUCCAGGCCCGGGCGGCGGUGGCUGAGGCUCUGGAGAACGAGGCGAGCCUCGCCGGCCUGGUUGUUGCACUAGCUGACAAAUUAACCGACGCGGCUGCCGCCCGCACGGCCCAGCGGGAGCGUUUGGCGUUUCUGGAGAGGCAGGUGGCAGAGGGGAGGGAGAGGGAGCGGGCGGCGGAAGAGGCGGUGGUGGCGGCAAUGGGCGGGCAGGAGGAGCUUCGGAGGCAGCUGGAUGAGGUGGCUCGGAAAGAGGCUGAGGCUCGGGAGGAGGUUCGGGUGCUGUCGAGCAAAGUGGAGAGCCUGUCAGCUCAGUCGACUGUAGCAGAGGAGGUGGAGGGUUCUCUCUCCAUUCUCCGAGCCCAGGUGGCGUUCCUCCAAUCAGAGCUCGCCAGCGCGACACAGGAAGCCACGUCAGCCACCCAGCGGUCCACCUCGCUCCUUCACCAGCUCAACCUGCUGCGAUCCGGUGCCAGCGGUGACGGCAGCGCGGGACAGGUGGCAGGUUCUGAUUCGUUGGAGGAGGUUGCAGGGGAGGAGGAGAUGGUGAGGAGGUUGGAGGAGGAGCUUUCAGCUGCCCGUGGGGCAGCAGAAUCAGCCAGUCAGAGGGUUUUUUUGCUGCAGGGGCAGGUGAAGGAGUUGCAGAGAAAAGAGGGCGUGGCUCAAGCAUUGCUUGGCCGGGCAGAAGAAAAAAUGUCGGCGCUGUUUGGGCAGCUUGCGGCUGCCCGGGACAAGGACUCGACGAGCCUCCGCGCUCUCGCCAAGGCUAGGUCCGAGGUUCGGCAGAUGGCUUGGCAAGUGGCUCGGCUGGAGGAGCAGCUACAGGCUCGGGGAAACACUGCAGGGGGAAUAGGGUUGGCAUUGGCAGGUUCGGGAAGGGGAGAGGGGUGGGGAUUGGCAGGGCUGUUGAAUGGGUUAAGUGCUGGAACGCUGAAGCUGCUUGGUAUGGCAGGAGUGGGCGGCAUGGGAGGGGCGGCAGGGGUGGAUGGCCGGCAGAACGAGCCGAAUGAUGCCAGGCUGGCAGCUGAGCUGUCGCGAGGGGCUGCUGCCCUGCAGUCCAGGGUGAAGAAGCAUGUGUCUCGGCUGGGCAAGAAUGCAGCAGCAGUGGAUGCAGCAGCGUUAUCAUCUGUAUCAGAUCAGCCCAUAGAGGAGCAUUUCACUGAGGAGGAGGAGAAGCUUCUGGCGUCAGCAUCGUGUCUGCGCGAAGCCGUGGUGGCAAUAGAUGCCAAACGCCGUGAGCUCGGAGCUGCACCUCUUCCCGCCCGGGUUCCUUCCGUUUCCCGGGCAGCAGCAGCGCCGCCUGCUACAGUGCCCGAAGCUUCAGCCUCUCAGUCCCCCUCUUCACCCCCUGCGCCUUUCUCCUCCCUCACAGCUCUUUUCGCCAAGGCAGCAGCAGCAGUGGGUCUCAGCGCUCUCCUCUUCAUGCCCCUGGCCCUCGGCUCGCACAGUAACGAAUCGCCUCUUAUGGAGUCGCUCCCACAGCAGCAGCAAUCUGUCGACGUAACCAGGCCUCUGACGCACUACCAGUCGGUUCAGCCAGUCUCGCUGCACCAGCAGCAGCAGUCCAACUCCCUGCUGUCACUACAGCCGUAUAACCCGACCCUGCAGGCAUCCUCCUUGCAAGCAGCCUCUCUGCAAGCAGCCUCUCUGCCGGACGCAUCGCUACAGCAGUCCACCCAGCCAGCAGCGCUACAACUGUUCUUCGACCCGCUGACGCUCAAGCCAGUGCAGGCUGCAGGCACCGGGGAGGCUUACGAGGGUCCCUCCACUCUGAUUCCACUACCAGUGCUGAAGGAAGCAGAAAGAGAAGUCAUGAGUCUGCUUGGCCAGUACGUGACUGUGGCUAGGGAAAUGAAGGGACUGGCUGCAGUGGUUGCUCCGGAUGCUUCUCCGGAAGACAGGAUCCAGGCUGCGUUUCUAUUCUGCCGCCAGCUGGCGUCGCAGUCCCCGUCAGCACCUGCCAUGUCUAGAGUUGGCGGUGGUGUGGCCGAUCCUACUUUAAUGAGCCGCAAUUUCUGUGCAUCGAUGGGGUUGUGA